AUGACUACUACUACAAGAGGCAAAGAGCCCGCCUCCUCCUCCUCCUCCCCGUCCUCCCCCUCCUCCCCUUCCGCUUCUCGGAGCAGCGGCAUCUAUCACGUCUUCUUGAGCUUCACAGGCGAGGACACUCGCUAUACCUUCGUCGACCAUCUCUACACGGCCCUUACAAAAGCCGGAUUUCGCACCUUCAGGGACGACGAUGAAAUCCGAAGGGGAGAAAGCAUCAAGGCUGAGCUGGGGAGGGCAAUCGAAGAGUCGAGGCUUUCAAUUGUUGUCUUGUCCAAAAACUACGCGUCUUCAAGCUGGUGCCUCGAUGAGCUUGCGAUGAUCCUCGGAAGACGACGGAGGGGGGACUCUGGCCACGUGGUUCUGCCGGUGUUCUACCGCGUGGAUCCGUCGGAUGUCAGGAACCAAAAGGGAGUUUAUGCGGAGGCCUUUGCGAGGCAUGAAGAGCGAUUCAAGUUCGAGGUGGGAGAGGGUGAAGCAGCAAAGGAGUGGAAGGAGAAACUGAAGGGGUGGAGGGAAGCGCUGGAGGAAGUUGGUGGUUUAGCAGGAAUGGAAUUAAAAAAUGGAGAAAACAGGCACGAGUCAAAGUUUAUCCAGAAAAUUGUCAAGGUGGUUGAAGACAAGAUAAGGCGUCCAAGAGUCUUGAAUGUUGCACUUUACCCCAUUGGAGUAGAUUCCCGUGCCAAACGCAUUAAUUUCUGGUUACAAGAUGGAGGGGUUGAUGUUAGACUUAUUGCCAUUUGUGGGAUGGGUGGAAUUGGCAAGACAACCAUUGCCAAAUUUGUGUACAACUCAAACUUAUCAAAAUUUGAAGGUAGCAGCUUCAUAGCAAAUGAAAUGGGAAGGGAAAUUGUCAGGCAAGAAUCACCCAAAGAGUUAGGAGAACGUAGCAGGCUCUGGAAGCACAGGGAUUCCUUUCGUGUCUUGCACGGAAAAACUGGCACAAGAAAAAUCAGAGGCCUCGUUCUUGACAUGCAUUUCUUGAAGGAAGAUGAGUCUGAGUGGAACAGGUGUGGGCCCAACAGCUGCUCUAAAAAGCGGAAGAGGUUUCCCUUUAGUAUCUUCUCUGAUUUCCCUGUGGGCAUUACUACAAAAAAUUCAAAUGUAGCUCUUUUGGAAGGUGAUGCGUUUUCAAGGAUGUCCAAUCUACAAUUUCUGCAGAUUAGUCAUGUUCAAUUAUUUGGAAACUAUGAAAAUUUCCCCAAAGGAUUGAGGUGGUUGCAUUGGUCUCAUUUCCCUUUACAAAGGAUACCCAACGAUUUUGUUUUAGACAAGCUGGUUGCUCUUGAAAUGCCUUAUAGUUGCUUGAAAGAGGUUUUGAAUGGAACCAAGUGUCUCCGAUUACUGAAAAUCCUUAAUUUAAGUCAUUCCCAUUAUCUUUUUGAGACUCCUGAUUUCUCAAGGUUGCCAAAUCUGGAGAGACUUGUACUUGAAAAUUGUACUAGGUUGGUUAAGGUUGAUGAAUCGAUUGGAUGCCUAGAAAGACUUGUUUUCUUAAACUUGAGAAAUUGUCAAAGCUUGAGGGAGCUUCCACAAACCUUUUAUAAGCUAAAAUCUCUGGCAACACUUGACCUUAGCGGUUGCUUUAAUCUUGGAAAUUUUUCAGCAGAGCUUUUACCAGACGGAAUUGCAAUAAAUCCAUCAUUCUCUAUCACUCGGAAGGUGAAAGCAUGGCUUUUGUCUGCAUGGCCUUGGCCACUAAAUCCAAGAAGUCGGCCAGAAUUUUCAUCGGUUUCUUUUCCACCGUCUUUGGUAGAUUUAAAUCUUGCAAAUUGCAAUCUGUCUGAUGACAGUUUCCCUAGGGAUUUUAGCAGCCUAUCCUCAUUGCGGCGGUUGUAUUUGAGCGAGAAUCCAAUUUGUAGCCUCCCAAAUUUCAUUAGGGAUCUUUCUGGGCUCGAGGUGCUAGACUUAACGUCAUGCCCAAGGCUUUUGACACUUGACGGGCUGCCUCAAAGUUUACAGCUUUUGGAGGUUGAUGGAUCUAAAUUGUUGGAAAAAAUAAGCUUUGACUCGACAGAUUUUAUUAUCGACGAUUGUUGUGUAGCUUAUUAUGAUUGCCCGAGGCUAGUUGAGUUUUCGGGCUUAUUCAAAGUAAAACGCUUAGAAAGUGAUGAUGCAGAGCUAAUUAGCAAUUUGGGCUUAUGUGACUUCUUCGAAGGCCGGAUAAAAUCAUACAAAGAGUUAUCAAUCUUUACAUCACAUAAAACGUGGAUGUCUCCUCCCCUAGGAUCACACCAUCCUACAUAUGAAUCUUAUGUUCUUGGAAGCAAGAUACCUAACAGAUUCAAUCUUAAGAAUGUAGGAUCAUCAAUAUCUUUUACCAUGCCUUCCGAUGCUAAUUUCAGAACUCAAGGGUUGUCUGUAUGUUAUGUUUAUGCAUUUCACAACCACACGACUUCAUUAUAUGAUGCUUCAUGGUUUAAUGAUCUUUUGUGGGGAAAACAGUACUUUUGCACAAUUAUCAGUAAUGCAACCAAGCAAGUGAAAUGGAGCUAUAAACAAGAACUUUAUGGCAAUCCGCCAAAUGAUCGUGGGGACGUAACGUGGUUAAGUUAUUGGAAGUUUGAGGAUCAAUUGGAAGGUGGAGAUGAAGUGAAUAUUUCAGUUACAAGUGAUGUUUUUCAAGUGAAGGAGGUUGGGGUUUAUAUUGUGUACAAGGAGGAGGAGGCAGAAGAAAAGAAGAGCACACAAUCUCUUAGUUUAGAAGUUCCCCAACAAAUUCAUCCCUAUGGGAAUGUAGUUCCUGGUGGCUUUUGUAACGGGGAUUGCGAGAACUGCACUGGACUCAUUCUUCAUGAUGAUCAGUUUGAUCAUUUCGGGAUUGGGUGGCCAAUGGCCUCGAGUGGAAUUUUCGGGUUAUCAAGUAGGUUCAAGCUUCGAUCUAAUAAAUAAAUGAUGAGUUUUUUUUUUUUAGUGCUAUUUCAUGUCCGUUUAGUUUAAGAUGAAAGUACCAUUGAUGGAAUUAUUCUAUCGAAGUUGCCAAAUAAUGAGAAGCUGAAUUUUGAGAGAGAGGAAAGGAUGGGAGCAAGUGGGCCUCACUUGCAUGCUGCUGCUGCUGCUGCUUCUUUUCUUUUGCUGCUCCACCCUCUCUUCUUCUUUCUUUCUUUCUUUGAAAAUUGGAAGGUAAUGAUGGGUUGAUAUGUGUACAACUCAAAGACUUUGCCACUUUUUGCAAAACCUGUAACAGAAAGGAAGUUAUUAGGAUUGCAUGUUGGCAUUCUAUUAGUGCUGCCACUGUAUCCAUUGCAUUUAACUAUGUUGGCAUUCUGUGAAUCUCCAUCCUAUUCAGUUUGUUAGCAUGCAUGUUUAUGGAACAGUAUGUUUUGACACGGUUACUUCUUUGUUUA